ACCGUUUUUAGUAGCAUGGAUUACUUAGUACCUAACAUUGGUUUAGUAGUCUGCCAACCGUAAAGGGGGGUUAGUGUUCGCCUGGUUUGGUACGUGAACAAUACGAGAAUAAAGAAAAUCGGGAAUGUGAAUUUUGUUUCACAGACAAAUAAAAGGUGUAGUUCCCUGCGAUCAAUUGUAGAAAGCAGAAGCUCGCCUAAUGAAGUGAAUGCGAGUGUCAUUCACGAAGAUCUGGGCAUGGUGUGUCUCGCAGGAAGAUUAUUCCCAUAAGAUGUCGCCAACAUCGAUACAUUUAGCCGAAAAAAAUUUACUCACGAAUAGGUGAAAAUGGAAGAUGAAGCGGACCUGAGGGAACAACUAUUUCAUAACACCGUGCGAGAAAACAUUAUAUUCCUGCUUUUGUUCCUGGUCCUCUACGUCUCCAGUUACGCCUUGAUCGCGAGAUUUCGCCGCAGAGAUCGCGAGGACUACUUUUCCGUAGACGAGGAUGAGGCGACCGUUUACAGAAUCAGCCUGUGGCUGUGCACCGUCGCUCUGGCGGUUUCCGUUGGGGCAACCUUACUACUUCCGGUCUCCAUCGCCAGCAACGAAGUUCUCAUUUUGUACCCGAACAGCUAUUAUGUCAAGUGGCUUAAUAGCUCGCUCAUCCAAGGUCUAUGGAAUCACGUGUUCCUCUUCUCGAAUUUAUCUCUGUUCGUGUUUCUACCAUUUGCCUACUUGUUUACAGAGUCUGAAGGAUUUGUGGGGUAUAGGAAGGGUGUAAUGGCUAGGGUGUAUGAAACAGUUACUGUUCUUUGUUUGCUGGGAACGCUUGUGUUAGGAAUGACAUACGUUCUAUCAGCACUUAUAGACCAUCAGAAGUCCAGUCUUCAUACUUUGCUCAACUUGUGGACUUACUAUUUACCUUUCCUGUAUUCUUGCGUUUCCUUCGUCGGUGUUGUCAUGUUGCUACUAUGCACACCUAUGGGAUUUGUAAGAUUAUUUGGAGUGGUUGGCUCUUUCCUUGUGAAGCCGCAGUUCCUAAAGAACUUGGACGAAGAGUUCUUUGCGUACAGAUUAGAAGAGGAUUGUAUUAGAAGAAGAUUGGAACAUGCAAAAGCAACGGGAAAAUCGUACGUUUCUCCAGUACCGAUGUCCAUACCAGCGUGUGGUUCGGUGCUCGAAGAUGAAGAACUUUUUCAUGUGAACCCGAGCCUAAUGUGUUUAAGGAAUGGUGCUCUGCAACGUGGAUUAUCACAGCGAUUAGAAGAUAUUCAAAAACGAAGAAAAAUCUUGGAUCAGCAAAGGCGAACCUGGUGGGUUCGCCGCACUUUGCUUUACCCUUUGGCCAUGUUAGCCUUACUUAUACUUUCCACUGCCACAGCCCUCUUAGCUGUUCAAAACACCUUAGAACUACUUAUUGGUAUAAAGGCGCUACCUCUAAGUACCAGGCAAUUUACUCUAGGUAUUAGUUCGUUAUCGAAACUUGGCCCUAUUGGAGCAACAAUAGAAGUGGCAGUGAUAUUAUAUUUGGCAGUAACAAGCGCAAUAGGCUUGUACACGCUUCCAGGGGUUAGAAGAGUUCAACCACGGUUUCAUUCCACGCCUCUUACACACCUUAUCGCAAAUUGUGCCCUACUUCUUGUCUUGAGUUCCGCGUUGCCGCUGUUGUCGCGGAUAUUAGGCAUGACGAACUUUGACUUGCUUGGCGAUUUCGGGCGAAUCGAAUGGCUUGGUAAUUUUAAACUAGUAUUGUUCUACAAUUUAAUAUUCGCUACGGCAGCGAUCACUUGUCUUGCGACGAAGUUUACAGCGACGGUACGCAAAGAGAUUUAUGCGAGAUUGAGAAGCAGUUUUAUAGGAAUUUUUAGAAGCGAAGGUAAAAGAGGUCCCGUGGGAAUGUUCUCUACGAAAGAAGACUAGACUGACUUACACUGUAAACAAAGAAGAUAUUUAGAACUUAGCAUUAAAAGAGUAAGUAAAGACAGACAAUUGUGUUUGCAUACUAUUAAUAUUGGAAAUGAAAGAUGUGCGAAGUUGCGGUGAUAUAUAUAUAUAUGCGCGUGAUGUGAAAGGACUAGAAGUUCUAUUUAAAGUUGUAAUAAUGGAAUGAGUUUCAUGAAUGGGGAAAAAGUUUAAUUGGACUUUGAUUGAUAUUUAACGAGGCCAGUUAAUGAAUAUCCUUCGUGACAUUUUUAUGUUGUCAUACAUCUCUAUGCGUGUGCGUGUGUGUGUUAAUAGUUAUAUUAAUUAUUUAUUAUAUCGUCGCUAUUUUAAUAAUUAUUUAGCGAAAGUACACAUACCAUUUUUAAGUGAGUUAAUCUAUGUUAAUUCACAAUAGUGACAACGCAAUAUUGUGAUAAAGACACAAACCGUGUGCACGUAUCCAGUGACUACACAAAUUAUAAUCGUAGAAAUUAAUGAAUGUAUAGACACGCAUGUAUGUAUGUAUGUACGCGCGUACGUAUGUGUGCAGGUACGCAUUCACAUAUGUACAUACAUGUAGUACAUACACAUCUUACGGAUACUCCUGUUAUAUAGCUGACAUACAGAAUUAUUCGUGUAUAUUCUACAGAAAUCAGCUAUAAGGUCCAAAUCAUUUCCAAGUAAAUCUCGAAUCACCUCUUCGUUCAGCAAUACUUCUUUUCUAUGGAAAAGUAUAUUCAUUUAAUCGAAUAGAAUAAAAAUUUUGAUACUACACUUAUUAUUUCUGUGUGAAAACAAAAUUGUUCGGCUUCUUCCUGAAACUAUAUUUAUUUCCUAGAAUAUUAGUCACCACCAAUUAAUUAAACUGAAGAUGCAUAGGCUUUAUUUACAACUGCACUUUUAUCAAAAAUAUUGUUAUAGACAAUAUGAAAUGUUUAAUUAACACUCGCAUCAAAUGAAGUUGCAUCUUUGUUAAAGAAAUACAUAAAUCUAUACAUACUGAUAUAUGCAAAUAUGAUUACACAUAUACUGUGCUGUGUAUGACAGUCUCAUUUUAGUAAUUGUGUUUAAAUGCAUUUUAUUGAUUCUUUGUUAAGAACUUUAAAAAUAGUGCACUCGUAAUAUUAGGAAAAUAAAUAAUGCGCAUUUCGAAGUGCAUAUAGACUGCAUAAUGAUAACACGCAGAAAAUUACAAUGUUAUCGUCUCGACUGAUUCAUGAUUUAUUAGUUUAUUAUUGAAUGCUAGCCUUCUAAAUUAAGUAAAUCAUUUAUUUACUUCACUCUGACUUUCAGCUCUUGAUUGUGUUUAAUAUUUACAUUAUAACAUUCGUCACAUUUAUUUAACAAGUAAACAAAUAAUAUUUUACAAUAAUAUAUUAUGUGAUAUAUAUCUCGUCAAGAAGACAAUACAAUGUUGUUAGACUUUGCACAGGCAAUGAUGUACUCACCGAUGAACUAUUAACAAAUUUAAUUAGAGAGAUACCUCAGAAUAGAAAUUAUUGCUUAAUAUUUGUUACUAUGAUACCACUUUGUGGUCUAUUUGUAAUGAAUUGAAAUUCUCUAUUGAGAGUUUCCUGUACACGGAUACUAAAAUAAAUAAAAGAUUCUUUAAUUUGACCUCUUUCACAUGGCAUAAAGAACUUUAAUAAUUG